AUGGGCAUCCUCCUCGUCAACCGAACCGCCACCCCGGAAUGGCUCUACGUCCGCGACGUCAUGGGUCCCAACUACGAAGACGAGAUCUUUCCAUGGGGCCAAUACCACAAGACCAUACCCCAGAUGGACGUCCACCAUCCGGACAUCACCUGCGGCAGGAAGGCCUUUGCUGCUGCGGCCAACACCUCCACGGCUGAUGUCAUUGCGGGAAGUGAAGUCGGGUUCCGAGUCAGCUGGGAUGCCUACGGGCCUGGCGGUGAGUUUUACCAUAGAGGGCCCGCACAGAUUUACCUAUCGAGGGCACCCGGGGACGAUGUUGAGAACUAUCGUGGGGAUGGGGAUUGGUUCAAGAUUGCGGUUGCGGGGCCGAAGGACAAUAAUUCUUGGUUGUUGUCGGGGGAGGGCGAUUUCAACUUUAGCAUUCCGCUGACGACGCCACCGGGGAAGUAUCUCAUGCGGAUCGAACAGUUCUGGCCGACGGACUUGUACAACUACAGCCAGUGGUUUGUCAACUGUGCUCAUGUCAAUAUUAUGGGCGAGGGCGGUGGGAGUCCAGCCGGCUUUGCAAGGUUUCCGGGGACGUAUGAGAUUGAUGAUCCAGGUGAAUUACCUCCUUGA